CCUUUCACGCCUCCGAGAGACGGACCCUUCCUGGAUGUCCUCGCUCCUCCGGGGCAUCGGCGGCCUCCUGGAGAAAGACAUUAGGAAUUACCAAAGCUCUGAGAAGAUGGACUGAGGAAGAGGGGGCCCAGAGAAAGGACAGCUUUCUGCCUUCCCAUUUGGAGGAUGUCCCAUUUCCGUUGUCCCAGCUGGUUGCUGUCCUCGAAGAUGAAGGACCCGGGCCUGGAUGGUCCGGGUGAAAGGACGGGAGCAGCCAAAGGCCUUCCUGAUGCUCUGCAAGCUGGCAUUUUGUGGGAAAGAUCGGUGCACAAGAUCCUGGGGGUGGACAUUGCCAGCUCAGAGGAGAAGCGCCAGCGUUUCCGGAAGUUUCUCUCCCACGAGGCUGAAAGGCCCCGGGAGUUUUGCAGCCGGCUCUACAACAUUGGCUGUCGGUGGCUGAAGCCGGAGCAGCACACCAAAAAACAGAUCCUGGACCUGGUGAUUCUGGAGCUCUUUCUGACUGGGCUGCCCCCAGAGCUUGGCAGCUGGGUCAGGGAAUGUGGGGCAGAGACCAGCUCCCAGGCAGUGGCACUGGCCGAAGGUUUCCUCCUGAGCCAGGCAGAGGUUGAGAAACGGGGAGAGCACCAGGUGGCGCCAGAUACCCCAGAGGCACAAGGGGCUCCGCUGGACACGAGCCAGAGGUCCCGUGCCGGGCAGAUGGCACAGGAGCGAGAUGCAAGGGCUGCCUUGUUGGGAGCUGGAACAAACUCACUGGAACAGGCCAGAGAGUCUCUCGCUGAUGUACUGGCAACGGCUGCUGCAGAUUCUGCUCAGGGUCCAGUGACCUUCCCGGAGGUGGCUGUGCAUUUCUCCGCAGAGGAGUGGGCACUGCUGGAUCCGGGCCAGAGAGCUCUGUACAAGGACGUCAUGAUGGAGAAUUACGGGAUCAUGGCCUCUCUAGAUGUAUUGGUGUUAUCCAAACCUGAUCUCAUCAGCUGGUUGGAAAAAGGAGGAGAUAAAUUUGUGGAAGAUUCGUGUUUCUUUGACUCUGCAGAAGGGGAGAGAUUGGCAGGAAGCAAUAUGGAGGGUGAGGACAACGCUGAGCAAUCUCAGACAUGGACAGAAAGAGAUGAAUAUGAAAGAAAGAGAACAAGAAAGAAAACAGGGAGGAAAGCAUCCAGUGGUUGUCAGGACACCACGGUGCAUAAAAUUAUAUGCUCAGAAGAAAAAGCAGAGGGUGAAAGCUUCUACCACAACACAAACUUUAAUAUACCAUCAAGGAUUCCUACAGCAGAGAAACACUCUCCUUGUCUUCACUGUAGAGAGAACUUUGGGAAUAAAUCAGCCUUUAAGAGACAGCAAAGAACCCAAACAGAGGAGAAACCCUACCUGUGCCUGGAGUGUGGAAAGAGCUUCUGUAGGAGUGCAAGUUUUAUUGGACAUCAGAGGAUACAUGCAGGAGAGAAACCAUAUCCAUGCUUUGUGUGCAGAAAGAGUUUCACUGAAAAUGGAAGUCUUCUUAGACAUCAAAGAACUCAUACAGGGGAGAGACCAUACAUGUGCUUGGUGUGCAGAAAGACCUUCAAGAUGAAAGCACACCUUACUUCACAUCAAAGAACUCAUACAGGGGAGGAACCAUAUGAAUGUUUUGAGUGUGGAAAGAGCUUCAGAGAUGCUUCAAACCUUACUAGACAUCAGAGAAUUCACACUGGAGAAAAACCAUAUACCUGCUUGGACUGUGGAAAGAGCUUUAGUCAGAGCUCACAUCUCACUUUCCAUCAAAGAACUCACACAGGAGAGAAACCAUUUCAAUGCCUGGAGUGUGGCAAGAGCUUCAGUCAAAGCAGGAAUCUGACAUCGCAUCAAAGGAGCCACACUGGGGAGAAACCCUAUAAAUGCCUCGAGUGUGGAAAGAGCUUCAGCAACAGUGGAAUUCUUACUACACAUCAGAGAAGCCACACAGGAGAGAAACCGUAUAAAUGCCUGGAGUGUGGGAAGUGCUUCAGUCAGAGUGGCAUUCUCACGGCUCAUCAAGGAAUGCAUUCAGGUCAGAAACCUUUUCAGUGCCUGGAAUGUGGAAAGAGGUUUCGUCAGCUCAUUCACCUCACGUCGCACGAAAGGAUCCACACAGGGGAGAAACCAUUUCAGUGCCUGGAGUGUGGAAAGAGCUUUCGGCAGCACAUACACCUCACCUCUCAUAAAAGAACCCACACAGGAGAGAAGCCUUUUAAAUGCUCGGAGUGUGGAAAGAGCUUCAGUCAAAGCUCACACCUCAUUAGACAUGAAAGAACCCACACAGGAGAGAAGCCAUUUAAAUGCCUGAUGUGUGAAAAGAGCUUUGGUCACAGUUCAGAACUUGUUAGACAUGAAAGAACCCACACAGGGGAGAAACCAUUUAAAUGUCCAGAUUGUGAAAAGAGCUUUAGUCGGAGUUCAGAACUUAUUCGACAUAAAAGGAUUCACACAGGGGAGAAACCGUAUAAAUGCUUGGAAUGUGAAAAGAGCUUCAUCGAUAGCACAAACCUUAUUAGACAUCAAAUAAGUCACACAGGAGAGAAACCAUAUAAAUGCAAUGAAUGUGGAAAGUGCUUCAGUCAGAGCAGAAGUCUUACUGCACAUCAAAGAACCCACACAGGAGAGAAACCAUUUAAAUGCCUAGAGUGUGGGAAGUGCUUCAGUCAAAGUGGCAUUCUCACAGCACAUCAAGGGAUGCACACAGGACAGAAACCAUUUAAAUGCCUGGAUUGUGGAAAGCGGUUUCGUCAACAUAUACACCUGACCUCACACAAAAGAAUCCACACAGGAGAGAAACCCUUUAAGUGCAUGGAAUGCGGAAGGAGUUUCCGUCAGCACAUACAUCUCACUUCACACAAGAGAAUCCACACAGGAGAGAAACCAUUUAAAUGCACAGAGUGUGGCAAGAGCUUUGGUCACAACUCCAUUCUUAUUUCUCACAUAAGAACCCAUACAGGAGACAAACCAUAUAAAUGCCUGGAGUGUGGAAAAAGCUUUACUUGGAGCACGCUGCUUAUUCGACAUGAAAGAACCCACACAGGAGAGAAGCCGUUUAAAUGCCUGCAAUGUGGAAAGGGCUUCAGUGAGAGUUCAUUACUUAAUAAGCAUCAGAGACGUCACACCGGGGAGAAACCCUUUAAGUGCUUGGAGUGUGGAAAGUGUUUCAUUUCUAGCACACUUCUGAUAAGGCAUCAGCGGAUUCACACAAGGGAGAAACCGUUUACCGCCUGGAAUGUGGAAGGGGCUUCUGUCGGGCCUCAGCGCCUAUUAGAUGCAAACGAAUUCUUGGAGGAGAGAAUGCCUAACGAUGAUGAGGGUGAAGUGAAAGCGUUUGUCUUGCAAUAAACCUCAGCUGGCCAGAGCAGUUAUUCACCCAGGGGGAAUGCCUGGGUAUGUUUAUGCUGUUGUAAAAGCUUCUGUAGUAAUUCAGCUUUAAAGGACACAAGAGUGAGAAAAUCUACACAUUCUUGUAGGAGGAAAACAGCUACUAUGGAAGCAUUUGGCCCACUUCAUACCUGGGAUAUGAAAUGGGGAACAGUGGGAUGAACCUAUGAGCAGAGCUCUGUAACAGCAUUAGAUCUGCCAGUUUUUCCAGCACUACCUACUUCCUUUCCUUGAAGAUCUACAGCAGAGUGAAGGAACUCAACCAAUCCAGCAUCGUGGUUUUUUUAUAGAGUGUGUAUUUCCUUUGUGUAACUACAAACCAGUGUUUUCACCUUCGACAUUCCCUGAGCAAAGCUGCUAGUGGUAUGAAGCUCUCCUCUUCCACUUCUCCUCAUUUGGAAGUCACAUCAGCUAUAUAUUUGCUGGUUUUCCUUUCCUUGCAGUUUUAACAUCAGUUUUGCAAUGGAAUAUCCAGUAAUCACAGGAAUGCUCAGUUUAGAGGGCAUUAUAAAAGCUGACAUUUGUUAGUCAUUGCAGCAAAAAUGGCAGAGUCCUAGCUUGCCACGAUUUCCAUACAUCUUGUAAACUGAGCUUUGGUAAGCAAGGGCUGCCUGAAGUGGACCUGAAGUGGUGUCAACCAAGCCCUGGCUGGUAGAUGCUUGGUUGGACAUACCUGCAUGAAGAAAAUCCUUAGGGGAACUUCUGUCAUGUAGGAACAAGAAAACAAAGAUCAGAAACUCUUCCAUGUGGAAGGUUGUGAAAGGACAACCCGGUCAGGAAGUUAAACAAACCUUAGCGGAGAACCGGACGCUGAAAAUUAAUGGAACUCCAGUGUCACUUAGUGACUGACUUGUGUAAUAACACUAUCUGUACACUGAAUAUUUAUCUUUACAUGUUUGUGGCAGAGAGAGGGGGCCUUUGGGAUGUGUGUGGCGCAAGGACAGAAACGCAGUCAUAUAACUUCCUGUUGGCUGAUGUAAAUACUGUUCUGGACAGCCCGGAAAGCGUAGCUCAAAAUGGAGGGAGAAGGUUUCUUCCAUCUCUCCGCCUUUCCAAAGUGCUGAUCGCCUUAGUGUAAGGACGCACAGCCGUUUUCUGUUCCGAGGGUUACCUUGGAUGCCCACUAGGGGGGUGGGAACAGAUAUGUGCAUGCAGAUACAUGCAACGCACUCGUAACUAAAGCACACUGACAUUCACAUGUGUACACGCACGUACAACACUCUUCAUGAGCUGCUACGCCGGGGAGGGAGAAGGCGGAAACCUCCUCCUCCAAACCAGUGCAGCCCAAUCACUGCUUUACCACCGCUGUCGUCAGAAGUAAAGCAAGUCAGGGCUCUCUAAUGCUGGUUAGUGGUAGACAAGCACCCCUUUGGCCUGGUGAGGGGUUGUACGACAGGGGAGACCCCCGACCUAAUUUACCGCUGUCCUCGGCAUCCUGACAUGACCUUUUUGCAGUGAGAGUGGCGUCUGGCCUCAGCUCAGCGGGGCACGAGCUGGGCUUUUGCACAUCCCGCUUUAGAGCGUGGAAGCCAAACUUGAGGGGUGUCUGUUGAGCGCGACCCGCCUAAUGCAUGGCUGUUCUGUUCACGCCCUGAAAGGGACAGAAUGGAGAUACAAGCUGGAGUUGGAGGCUGCCUUAAGCCAAACUCUGGCAUUUUUCCUUCAGAGAGAGUAGAAAUGCUUUACAUGCGGAGGGCUUAUGCUAGAAUAAGUCAACUUCCUCACUUCCCAGUUGUGGCUGAGGCACGACUCGUCCGGACGAGAGAAGAGACCCUUCCUAGUAGCUGUGCGUGGAGUAUGGGAGUCCUUAGCCACGCCAUCCAUUCGGGCUCUUCUCUUACUGUUUUUGGUGACUAGUUAAACUUUCCUGUACUGACAAGCUGUUUCUUGGCUCAGCAGAUGACUAUUUUAUUAACGUAGACCAACAUUUUAGAACAUUUUAAUCUGCUGUGCCCUGUUUCCAUUUUUAAGCUGUCGUCGUAUUUCUUUUAUGGGAUCCUUUUGCUGUGAACUGUCCUAGGUGAGGCAGCUUGCGUUGGAAGGGUGGGAUAAUUUUUUUUUCUAAAUGCUUUAAAAUUCACAACAAUUCCCAGGGAAGAACACACAAGUGUGCUGGGGGGGGGGGGGGGGAAAAGCUUCUGUACUAACACAAACCUUGCUGUGUUUCAGAGGAGCUGUGCAGACAUGAGGGGGUCUGAGUCUGUAGCCCUGUUCUGGAGAUCAGACCUAACCAGGGCAGAAGCAUCGCAUUUUUCACACUCGGAAUGUGGGAUGGCCUGAAAAGGAGAGCUUUCCGUAUUUGUGGAGGCUUCCCGUGCAAGCCAGAACACAUUUUUUCAUGGUUUGGGCUCAGCUGGAAAGCCUCCAUUUCUGACAGUCCACGAACGGAAAACGAUGGCUGUACGCAUUUGCCCUAUUCAGAGCACUGGAACAGGUGUUCUGUAUGGUUUAUGUAUUGCAAGGGUGGGGAACUUGUGGCCUUCCUGACGUUGCUGGACUACAGCUACCAUAACCCCUAGCUGUUGGCCAUUGUGGCUGGGGCUGAUGGGAGUUGGGUCUGACAAUGAUGUCCAGAGGGCCGCGGGUUCGCCGUUCCUGAUGUAUCAUAAUAUUUUUCUCCCCAUUUUUCAGACCAGUGUUGUCUCCCCAGUAGCUCACGCCAAGAAAGAGAAGAAGGAGAAAGAGGCAGGCCCUGGCUUCAGGCUCGCAGACUAAAAAGCCAAGUCGCCCAAGAAGCAGAGAGAAAAGGUAGGAAAGGAAGAUGAGUUUGGCAAUGCCAGAACAAAGCGGAGUCACAGCAUCUUCAUGGCUGAAUCUCCGAUUUUUGGAAGAGAAGGGUGCAUUAGGCUCUCUUCCAAACCUUCUACACUCUGUCUCAGGGAUGACUUGUUGUGCAACCCAGUUGGCCAUAGAUGUGGCUAAUGGGAAUCUGGAGGGCCAGUGCCACUUCAGAACAUGGUGAGCUGUCUGAAGGCAAGUUUGUCUUGCCAGACUUCGGAGAAGCUGGAUGACGAUGGGAACCUUUGUUAGCUGGGCCACCAUCUUUCUGUCCCUAGUUGGGCUGCCAAAUAAUUCUUUCCAAGUUUGUAUUCCACGUGUACCUUUUGUAACACUAAUGCUGUGCUUGCCAACACCUCUAGCCAUUUGGCAACAAAGCCCUAUCACUCAACCCAGUUGACGACUCUCUUCACUAACUACAGCAAGGGUGGGGAAUCUGUGGCCAUCUUGAUGGUGAAGGACUACAACUGCCAUCAGGGACUGAUGGAAUUUGGAGUCUUCACCUCUGGAGGAAGACAGCUUGCUCAUCCCUGGCUUGCAGACUUGCUGUUUGUAGUUUUCCCAAUGUUCAUGGCACCUGAAAUAAGAGAAUGCAUUAAAAUGUGAGUUACAAUUCUGAAGCUACCUUUCUUAUUCUACAAUAAAUAUCCAACUUGUCUUGUA